AUGGCAACCUUUACGCUCGCUCUUGCUACCCUUGGCAUGCGAAUGUAUUGCAACUUCAAGCGCUUGCGUAAACCAGGCUGUGACGACGGAACCAUCAUCAUAGCAACCAUAUGCUCCCUCAUCCAACUCAUCCUCAACACCCUCUUCCUCCAUCACGGCCUCGGCCGCCACGUCGUCUACCUCACCCCCCACCAGAUCAUCCAGUCGUAUAAGUUCUCCCAACUAGUCAUUUUCCCCUUCAUCUUUUGCACGGUCAUCACAAAGAUAUCAAUUGCAUUUAUGGUGCUGCGGUUGACGCAGGAGCAGUGGAUGAGGUACUGUAUGUUCGCGCUGAUAGCAAGCUUGGUGAUUGUUAACGGCGGAUGUGUGGUGAUACUUUUUACGUAUUGUCGACCGUAUUAUGCGAGUUGGGAUAUUACGGUAACGGGAGAGAGGUGUUGGAGUGGAAGGGUGCUGGCGGUUGCGUCGAGCGUGCAGGGUGUGUGGUCCAUAGCCACCGAUCUGAUAUGCACAUCCACACCCCUAAUGCUGAUCUGGAAGGUUCAGAUGUCGAUAAGCCAGAAGAUUGCAACGACCAUUCUCAUUGGUUUUGGAUUGGUCACUACCGGGUGCUCCGUCGGGCGCUGUGUCUAUUACGCCACUACGAAGUUUAGCCAGGAUCAGACGUGUAAGAGAUUCUUCUAA